AUGCCCGUGCCAGUCUCUCUUGGUUCUUACAACUACGUCGCGGAGACAAAGGAGGACCUUCCGUGGGCUGAACUUGUCACGCUUGACCUCGCGAAGUACGAUAGUCCAGAGGGAAAGAAGGAGCUUGCCCAGUUUCUUCUCAAAGCCUUGCGCGAGAAGGGCUUCUUCUACGUCAAGAACUUCAACAUCUCGCAGGAAGAUGUGAACCGUCAGUUCGCUAUCGGCAGGGAGUUCUACGAGCUUCCGCUCGAGGAGAAGAGCAAAUACAUCCCUCCUAACCUUGACGAGGGCGGCUUUAAUGGAUACGUUCCGGCUGGGCGCAGGAUUCUUGACAAGGAGACCGGUCUUCGUGACCGCAUCGAGGUCUACAAUAUCCCAAAGUUCAACGGCGACUUCAAGCAGGAUCAUCCUGAACUGAUUAAGGAGCACUUGCCGGAGAUCGAGAAAUUUGCUCGCGCCCUACACUCUGAGGUGCUCGACCGUCUCCAUGUCCUCCUGGCGAUUGCGUUGGAGCUACCGGAGGACUACUUCCUGAACUUGCAUAAGUACGAGAUCAAGAGCGAGGACCAUCUUCGUUACAUGAAGUACAGCAAAUAUACUCCUGAAGAAAACGAGAGGCUCGGCAACUGGGUACAGGGACACACGGACUUGGGUAGCUUCACGCUUCUCUUCCGCCAGCCUGUCGCGGCAUUGCAGAUCCGUGACCCGAUCAACAACGAGUGGCGCUGGGUGAAGCCGCAGGAUGCGACGCUCACUGUGAAUGCAUGCGACGCGCUGUCCUUCCUGACUGGCGGCUUCGUCAAGAGCACUAUCCACCGCGUCGUUAUCCCGCCGAAGGACCAACAGCACGUCGAUCGUCUCGGCGUUUUGUACUUCUCCCGCCCCCAUAACGACCACCUACUUAAGACCGUCUCUGAGUCUCCGGUCCUCCAGCGUGAAGGAUACACCCAGAACGUCUUCGAGAAGUCCGGCAACCCUGUGCCGACGGUCGAGCAGUGGACGUUCGCGAAGCAAAAGUGGCAACGUACCAAGAACAUCCAUCGUGACGACCCUAAGUACCGGACUGCAGAGAUCUGGCCUGGCUUCAGCGAGCAGAUCUACGCGUAG